GGUGGCGUUACGUUUCCAAUCAAAACAUCAGACCACUUCCCAACAAAACAACAAUCAACAUGAACCGGCUGCUCGGUUCCGCCGGGGCACUCCGGAACGUGCUCCUGAAUCCAGCCCGCUUCCUGUCCGUCAAGCCUUCCGUCCCGGACGCGGACACCAUCUUCGACAAGAUCAUCCGGAGGCAGAUUCCAGCGGACAUAAUCUACGAGGAUGAGCGCUGCUUGGCCUUCAACGACGUCUCUCCCCAAGGGCCGGUCCACUUUUUGGUGAUUCCGAAGCGGCGCAUCGCGAAGCUAGAGGACGGUACGGCGGCGGAUGAGCCGAUUUUCGGACACCUGAUGCAGGUUGCGGGGGAGCUGGGGAAGGAGCGAGCUCCGGAGGGUUUCCGGAUGGUGGUGAACAAUGGCGAACACGGAUGUCAGACGGUGUUCCAUUUGCAUCUGCACGUUAUCGGCGGACGGCAGCUGGGAUGGCCACCGGGAUAAAUUAGUGGAAACUUCUUGAUUAGAUUGUUGGCUUAAAACUAUUGUUCUGCUAUUGCUAUUGAUAACAUUAUGUUUGAAAAAAGAAUAAAUUUGUUUGUAAUAAUCGACAAACAUUAUUAA